AUGACUUCGACCGAUUUGCCUGAGAAAGAUGCUUAUUUGGCAGUUACCACUCAAAAAUCAAUCGUUGAUGACCCUGGCGCAGACAGAGCUCUUCAGUUCCUUGCUGAGCACGCUGGUAAGUUUGAAGAGCUUACUCCAGCCGAGGAAAAAUGGGCUAUUCGGAAGACCGAUAUGAUUCUGUUGCCAAUACUCUUCUUCACAGCCACCAUGGGUGCUGUUGAUAAAGUUUCGUUGAGUACGGCCGCUAUAUUUGGAUUCAAGACCGAUAACCACCUUCAUGGACAACAGUACUCUUGGUUGGGAUCUAUUAUUUUCAUUGGCUCUCUCGUUGGGAUGUGGCCGAUGUCUUAUCUUUUGCAAAGGUUCAGAAUCGGCAAAGUCAUUAGUUGCUGCUCGGUGUUCUGGUCUUCAACUACUCUUUUGUUGUGCGCCUGCCACAAUUUUGCUGGUCUUGCUACUUUGCGUUUUUUGAUGGGUCUUGUUGAGUGUGCAAUCGUCCCUGGUUGCUCGUUGAUGGUUGCUUGCUUUUACCUAAAAACUGAGUCUCCGCACCGGACAGCAUUCAUUUUUAUGUUUGCAUCUUCGGUGAUUAACGGAGCUCUGUCAGCUCUUGCCACAAAGUUUGGUCACGCAAUACCUACUUGGAAGUAUAUCUACCUCCUAGUCGGUUCCAUCUCGUUCGUGUGGUCCUGCUUCUUGUUUUGGUUCUUACCGGACUCUCCAAUCAAUGCCAAAUUCUUGACCGAGCGCGAGAAGGUCUUUAUGGUUAGGCGUGUUGCUGAUAAUGCCACUGGAGUUGAGAACAAUUCGUGGAAAUGGGAGCAAGUCAAGGAGGCAUUUAUCGACGUGCGAGUCUAUUUGAUUAUGCUUUUCAACUUUGGUAUUAACAUUCCUAAUGGUGGAUUGAGCACUUAUAACUCUAUCAUCAUUAACAACUUGGGUUUUACUCCCGUCAAGUCUGCUCUUAUGGGUAUUCCUACCGGUGUGAUCGCUUCUAUUGCAACAUUCUUUUGCACUUGGCUUGGUGCCCGCUGGAAAAACAGAAGAUGCUUGGUUUCCAUCGUUACCUUGAUUAUUCCACUGAUUGGGGCUAUCAUUCUCUAUGCUGUUGACCAAAAAAAGGUCGGUCCUCAACUGUUGGGACUCUACCUGAUGUACUUCUACUUUGCGCCAUAUGUUGUCAUGAUGUCCUGUGUUCAAGCAAACACUUCGGGAAGCACCAAAAAGUCCGUCACCUACGGUUUCAACUAUCUUGGUUACUGUGGAGGAGCUAUUACCGGUACACAGACUUUCAGGAGCAAUCAAGCACCUAAGUACACUGGUGGAUUUACUUCGAUGAUUGUGGCUUACUGUGUGUGCAUUCUGUUGUCUGCUGUCUACUGGUUCACAUGUGUUGUCAUGAACCGUAAGAAGAGAACCGUUCUCGAUAAGGUCUCAGAAGACGCGCUGGACGUGUCUAUCGAGGGUGUUGAGAAUGAGAAGAUGCUUGACUACACUGAUAUGCAGCAGCGCCACUUUUUCUAUACUACUUAG